GUCCGCGAAUUCUUCGCUUCCGCAGAACAAAAAUUUGCUGUGGUUGGAGCCAGCAACAAUCGAUCCAAGUUUGGCAACAAAGUACUGCGCUGGUACAUUGAUAACGGAUACACUGCUGUGCCCGUGAAUCCUAAAGAAAAGUCCAUCGAGUCCUUGAGCUGUGUGCCCAAUCUCUCGGCACUGCCUGGCAACCCUGCAGACUAUCAUAUCUCGGUCAUCACUCCUCCCCCAGCUACGAAGUCCAUUCUCGAAGAAGCACACAAGAAUGGCAUCACGCGUGUUUGGCUGCAACCCGAUGUGGAUUCGCCUGAAGCUCUUGACUAUGCAAAAGAAACAGGCAUCAAGAUCAUUGCAGGCGGCCCCUGUGUUCUUAUCAACGGU